UCCUAAAUUACAGCUGUAAAAUUCUAAGGAGUACUCUAAACAGUGGAUUAAAAAGCAGAUAUUAGAACCUCAGUUGUCAAGUUUGCCGGCUAACGGCGGGAAGCUGGACAGCCGUCUGCGGAUCGCUAAGAGAACCAAAGUUCAAGGAGGCUGCAAUCCGGCGAGAAUAACGUUGAAAUCCUGCAGACUUUAUAUCCUCUUCAGGCAAUUUAUGAUCGCGUCCCGGGCAUAGUAUUUUUGGGGCCAUGGAGGUCGGUGUGGGUGAUGUCGCGCAAAUAUCAGCGGAACUUGCACGAGUUGUGGAGGUCAUGAUGUCACCAGAUGUGCCUCACCAACAACGGCUUGAAGCAUACAAUGCUUGUGAACGUUUUAAAGAGUCAUCUCCGUUGUGUGCUCAAUGUGGUCUCUUUCUUGCCCAAAAAUCUCCAAAUAAAACUUCCAUGGUUCGACACUUUGGAUUACAGCUAAUGGAGCAUUGUGUAAAAUACCGUUGGACUCAAAUUUCACAACCUGAGAAGAUAUUUAUUAAGGAAAAUGCUAUGAAGCUCCUUCAGGAGGGUACUGAACCACUUUUGCAGGAAGAGACUCAUAUUAAAGAUGCUCUUUCUAGAGUGGUUGUGGAAAUGAUCAAAAGAGAAUGGCCUCAGCAAUGGCCAACGCUUCUUGCAGAACUUAGUCAAGCUUGUACACAUGGAGAAAGUCAGACAGAACUUGUCUUACUUGUUUUCCUUAGACUUGUAGAAGAUGUGGCACUCUUACAAACACUGGAAUCCAAUCAAAGACGAAAGGAUAUUUACCAAGCAUUAACAACAAACAUGACUGAGAUAUUUGCCUUCUUUUUGAGAUUAAUGGAACAGCAUUUUGCUGAGUUUCGAGAGAAAAGUUCUUUGGGAAGAUCAACAGAAGCUGCUGCACACAGUAGAGUUGUCCAAGUGGUUCUAUUGACUCUGACUGGCUUUGUAGAAUGGGUCUCUAUAAAUCAUAUUAUGGCAGACGAUGGGCGUCUUCUUCAGAUUCUCUGCCUCCUUCUUGGUAACCCCACGUUUCGCUGUUCAGCUGCAGAGUGUCUUUUGCAAAUCGUUAAUCGUAAAGGAAAAGCGGACAGAAAACAGUUAAUGAUUUUAUUUACGGAGGAGGCGCUCAGGUGUAUUUACACAGCUGCUACUGCAGUUGCACCACGUCCUGUCUUAAAUGACCUCGAUGAAAGUCACUAUCUAUUUCUGAAAAAAUUAACACAGGUCUUGAUCGGUAUGGCUACCCAACUCUGUUCACUCUGGGGAAAAGACGAGGGUUCUGGAAUUCGUCCUGCGAGUUUUAAUCUUUUCCUGGACGCUGUACUUACAUUUACAAUGCAUUCGAGUGUCACCCUGGCCCACCUGGCCAACUCAAUCUGGAUCAUGCUCUUCAAACACGACCAAAUUAAAGCAGAACCUCUCCUGUUGACCUACGUUCCAAAGUAUGUGGAAAGUACGGCACCAAAGCUCAUCAAGGUAUCCUAUCCGAAUAGUAGACUGACCAAUGGGGCCAGUAGCUAUUACCUUGCUGACUACGACUCCGAGGAAGAAUUUAAUGUGUUCUUCCAUCGACUAAGGAUGGAUCUACUAGAAGGUUUUCGACAUGCCACAAUGGUGGCACCCUUGGUAACGUUCGCCUACGUACAACAGUGGCUUACAGCGAAGAUAACGAAGGGGAUGACAAACCUGGGCCGAAAAAGUAAUCCUAGCGAUCCGGAGUAUCUUGAAUGGGAAGCAUUGGCUCAAGCUCUGGACUCUGUUAUAUCAAGGCUCUUGCAUGUGAAUGAAAGACCUAGUGUACAGAGUGGCCUUCAACUCCUGGAACUAUGCCUGGGAUACUCGCCAUUGGAUCCUUGGCUGCUCUCAGCUUUACUCUCCUGUAUAAGUGCAUUAUUUGUAUUCCUGUCAAUGUCAACGGGUUCGAUGGCUAUGCCUGGUGUUACGAUUCUACCCAGAGUCCUGGAGAAGAUCUUCGCGGCUCUGGUAUUUGAGGCACCCGGAGAAACCAAGAAUACGCGUUCAAGGGCAGCUAAAAAUGUGCGACGUCAUGCAGCCAGUCUUAUGGUGAAGAUAGGAUUGAAAUAUCCCUUAUUACUUCUACCAGUGUUUGAACAAAUUCAUACGACUGUACGUGGUUUGGUGCGGGAACCAAGUCAGCUGUCCAGGAUGGAGAGUGUUACUCUUUACGAGGCGCUACUACUGAUAUCUAAUCAUUUUUGUGAUUACGAACGACAAACGCGGUUCGUUGCGGAAGUCAUUGGCGAAGGGUCAACCAGAUUUAUAGCAAUGGGCACGGAGGCAUUUAAAGGUCCAAUAGAAUUAAUGAGAUCUAUUGGCCUGGACAGACCAGCCGUGGAAAGUGGUUUACAUGACUCUGCAGGAAGAAAUCGAGGGGAUUUAAUGUUCUGUAUCUGCACUAUCCUUAGCGUUGUGAAACGAUGUUCGAUUCCAGAGGAUCCCGACCGCGCAGCACGUGGCGGGUUUGUGGCAGCACUUAGUGAAAGUGGUAACCCAAUAUACAGAAAUCCAGCAGCUCCACAUAUUAUACCUAUUUUACCUACACUCUUUGCUCUCGUGAGAGCAAUGAAUGCUCUUUUCACACCUGCAGCUUUGGCUUCUUUAUCAGAGGAUUAUAGGAAUGCACACGGACUACUGGAGUCUGAAAAGGCUAAUCUCCUAGGGUUAAAUGUCGCUAGUAGUGACAAUAAUUCUGAAAUGGAUCAGCCAUCCUCUGCCCCUUUGCCUCGCAUGCAAUCUUUCCUUAGUAACAUUCACGAUAAUUGCUAUCAUAUGUUGGGUAGUGGCUGUCAUACUAUAGGAAGAGAUUUUUAUCAACUACCUGGUCUUGCACCUGCACUUCUUAACUCUGUGUUUUCCAACUUGGAGGUUGUUCCAGAUUACAGAUUGCGCCCAAUAAUUCGAGUUUUCAUGAAGCCUUUUAUAUACUCCUGUCCGCCAGCCUUCUAUGAGACUGUCCUUGUACCUGUACUAGCCCACGUAUCUACACACAUGUGCCAAAGACUCAGUGCGAAGUGGCAGUACAUGACAAGGCUCUAUGAGUCGGGUGGACUCGAUGACGCCAACACAGAUACUCAGGAGGUGAUUGAUGAUAUGCUCAAUAGGAACUUAACGAGGGACUUCGUAGACGUUCUCAAGGUCGCCCUGGUCGGUGGUGCAGCAAGUGAUGCAGCACCUCCGGAUUCCAUGGAUCACGACAGUGGAGGAAUGGCCGUGGAUCCUCCAUCAGCUAGAGGCAAUAGUGUGGUUGCUGAAGUGGUCAGCGAACUAGGGGCUUUUGUAUUACGGCAUCCUUCUACUUGUCACAGUGUGGUUCUCUGUGUUUUGGGGGCUCUUUCCUGGAAUGAUUCCAAUGCCAGUCUAAAGGCUACAAUGCUCACUGGACCUAUAGUUCGUGCCCUGGCAGCAGAUGGCAGCUUAACUCCAGCAAUGGCAGCACAUAUAAUGGUAGCAGUUCUCCAAGGUCUACAGUUACAUGGACAACACGAGGCGAAUCAAGGAUCGCUUGUAACAUUAGGCGCACAAAUGUACGAAUGUCUACGACCAAAAUUCCCGAACAUCAUCGAGGUCAUACAACAAGUUCCUGGAGUGAAUCCUGCAGAUCUACAACGCUUCGACGAGAAGAUGGCUGUGGUUAGCACCAAGGGAAACAAAGUGGAAAAAGGGAAGAAGGAUCUCUUCAAGAAAAUCACGAAUCAGUUGAUUGGACGUAGUGUAGGACAAUUAUUUCGCAAGGAAGUGAAAAUAGACAAUCUGCCCAGACUCGACAUAACCGGUAAAGCACGUGCACUACGGGUUGACGAGGUAUCCAAGGGACCACUGGAUACCGGUCUCACAGCACUUUUUGCCGGACCCACGUAGCAGCAGUUCAACAAAGAGCAGAGUGUAAACGAUUGCUCUUCCUUGACGUAAGUAUAUAUAAGUUAUUGUAAAUCGAAAUUCUCCAGGGAGAAUUGUGCACCCGCGUGCAGCAUCUACGACGACCUGGAUAAGCACGCGCAUCCGUAUUAACGGUUAUACGAGUACGGAUUCCUUGGAACCGUUGUACCAAGGAUUGUCAGUGGCUGCUGCGCAGCCUGUACCAUCCUUAAUAAACUUUUCAAGUAAUGCGAUAACGUGAAAUUGCAUUGUUGUUUUUAAGCCGCCUAUCACAAUCGUUGUACGUCAGCUUGAAACGAUGUUAAUCUUGUAUAUAUUGAAUUGUAAUAAAAAUGAAUAACAUGUCAUUGACAAUAA